UGUUUACUUCUAAAUCGUUCUUUCCACAUGCCACGGACACCCGGGCCAUGGUCAGUUUUAUCAUUUGAUUAAUUGACAUGUUGGAAAGGUUUGUAGGGUUUUCAGAUUUCUCUCAGCGUGUUCAAUUCGUGGACCAAGAACGGACCGUAGUCAUAUGUCGAUAGGUAAUCAAUUACUGGUGCAGAUCACAAUACACAUGAACAAUGACAUUUAAAUACGAAGGCAGCAUUAAAGAACCUUCACCCAGAAAAUGUGACCAUCAUCCAGUUCCUGAAAAAGAUGACGCUAUGGAUGCCGAUCCCGAGGUUAGACAAAACCCAAUGGAUCACGGUUAUGCCUGGGUAAUACUUGCAGCCUCUAUGGUUGCGACAUUUAUAAUUACCGGAACAUUCCGAGCGUUUGGGGUACUGUAUGUCGAACUUAUUAUAAUGUUCCACAGCAACGCAACAAUGGCGUCCUUAGUGCAGGGGAUAAUGAUCUUCACCUCCAGCAUCGGAUUCAUGUUUGAUUUGGCAGCUGUUCUGGUUCUGGUCUUUGGUCUGCGUCGGUUCACUCCACGGUUUUGGGUUGUACUGGGAGGCCUGUUCUAUUUCUUUGGUUUCCUGACCAGUAGCUAUGCAGUAUCGAUAGAGUACCUUUUCUUCAGCUAUAGUUGUUUGAUUGGACUUGGGAUGGCGCUUUCGUUUUCGUCCAUAGUUGUCACUAUGGGGUAUUAUUUCGAUAAGAAACGAGGGUUUGCGAUGGGCUUACUGAUGGCAAGUGGAAGUCUCGGAAGUUUGGUUUUCGCGCCAUUUUUACGCAUGCUGCUAGACGAAUACUCCGUUAGAGGAUCUCUGUUGAUUAUGGCAGCCAUAACUGCCCACAUCAUUGCCUGUGGAGCCUUACUGCGCCCGCCAGCUUUUUCUUCCAAAACGAGUGAAAAAUGUCGUACGUCAGUUACCCAGAAUGCACCCAGAGAGGAAAAAAGCAGUUUAAUAUUUAAUGGGGACAAUGUUUGCGAAACAAAUAAACCUCUGUAUUCAUCAGAUCCAAGUAUUUUCCUUCGGAAUGGAAAGUUGAGACUAUUCCAGCAUGGAACAAGAAGCAGUAGUACCGAGAUGAUACAUAGAUCUAAAGAUCUUGAUGGUCAGUUAACAACUCCGCUCGGAGAAUACACUAUUCAAAACUUUUGUAUCAGUGUAUCAGCUUUAGAUUUAAAUUCUGAGAUCAAAGACAAGGAAGUGAAAAUCAACGCAAUCAAAAAAGAACAGUUCUUCAAUUUCAAGAUUCUGAAAAACCCCUCGUUCAUGCGACUUUUAUUCGCUUACACAGUUGGAUCUAUCGGUACAUCCCUACCGCAGAGUUAUUUACCGGCGCUGGCUAUAGAACAGGAAGCGGAAACGACGAAUGCCGCAUUGCUUAUCACUGUCAGCAGCUUUUUCGAUCUACUCGGACGCUUGCUGAUUGGAUAUAUUUCAGACAAAAGAUUAGUCAAACGAUCUUACUUAAUAGCAGUCAGCAUGGCGCUAAGUGGCGUUCUUCAGUGCUUGUCUCCGUUUUAUAAAGACUAUUGGAGCCUUUUGUUGUUCAGUGUGUUUUACGGAUUCUUUUCUAACUUUAUGUCCGCCUUGUAUUCCGCUACGUUGUUAGAUAUUCUUGGACUCGACGACUUCCGGAGCGCGCUUAGUGUGAUGUAUUCUGGGUAUGGUAUUGUGAGCGGUGCAGCAUCCCCAUUCAUUGGUGACCUAAGGGACAAGACAGGAACCUAUGUGACCUGCUUCUAUUUAUUCGGGGCCACUCAUAUCAUCUCUUCUAUUGUGUUAUUUACUGAAUGUAUUUCGUGUUCAUGACGUAAUGGUAUUUAACGGACACGGCAGAAGAUACUUUUAUAUUUGGAAUCCAGUGUCUUUUUUGACGCUUGUUUCAAACGCUACUAUAUUUGAAGACUGAGUCUAUUUAGUUCUUCUGAGCUGAAGGCUCAAAUGAACUUUUCUAAUCACAUUUUGCCCGGCGUCCGUCUGUCUGGCUGUAUCUAAACUUUUCACAUUUUUGACUUCUCAAGAACUGCUGAGCCAAUUUAAGCCAAACUUGCCAUGGGUGAAGGGGAUUCGUAGUAAAAGUAACUACUCAAGGAAAACGACUUUAUCCGUUAAUUUUUCAAUAAAAUUUUCGUCAUAUUAACUUAAUAUUUCUUCAGAAAGACGCCUUCUGAUUUGAUUAAUUGUAUUUUGUUUAACGUCUCUCUCGAGAAUUUUUCACUCAUAAGGAGACUGAUAUAAAGGAAAAGGGCAGAUACUAGUAUUCAUAUCUACACAAAAAAUUCACGGGAUAAGUUUACUGCUUUGAACUUUACAAUGAAACAUAAGGUGCUGAGUUAGUGAGUCUACCAGAGAAAAAGCUCUAUGACUUUAAGCAUAAUGAGUGAAUGGUCAAGGUCAAUUCUACUUCCAAUCUCUCUCAUCUUCGCUAGACAAGGGGUUCUGAUACGCUCCUCUCCUUAUAAACAAAUUGUAUACAGUG